AUGCUGGAGGUUAGGGAAUCAUUGAGCACAAGUGUGAUAGCUGGUGUGAUGUCCACGGGUCUGAGUUUGGUGCGCUGCGAUUGGAGGGUAUCAGUUAGCCAUGGAUGGGAGUGUUUGGAUCGCGCUGGCCUUGUAGUAAGAGGGCACAGUUUGUCCAGACACAAGCUCAAUGUGGAGCAGAGCGAGUCUGUGGCAUCAUUGACCUCCAGAGAGGAGAAGGAGCUGAAUGGAGGAUUGAGCAUCAGGCCAAGUCUCAGUAUUUCUCCACAUGCCUGGGCAGUUGAAGGAGACUCAGUGACUCUGAGCUGUGAGAUUACAGACGCCUCCUCCAACUGGACAUUCCUCUGGUACAGAGAUGUUCAAUACAGAGAGGACUUACCAUCUUUUAAGCACAGAGGGGGGUAUUACUCGGCGAGGCUCCUCCCAGACAGCAGCAGAGGAGCUGGAGGCUCCUACACUCUCAGCCCUGCUGCUCUUCAACACACUGGGCUUUACGUGUGCAGAGCAGAGGGAGGAGAACCAGCCUACCAAACAGAAGUCAGUGAGGCGGUAAUUUUCCUUGUUUUGGGUCUGUCUCCUCCAGCCUCUCUGGUCAUCAGACCCAACAGAUCUCAACACUUCACACACAACUCUCUCUCUCUGAGGUGUGAGGUGCAGGACAACUCUACUGGAUGGAGACUGAGAUGGUUGACUGCAAGGCAAGAAAGAACAGUGUGUCCUGAUGGGUGGGAGUCAGAGGCAGGGCCCACAUGCAGUACCAAAAGCCCAGAGCAACUGGAUAGUGGGCUGUACUGGUGUGCAUCUGAAUCUGGACGCAGCAAUGCUGUCAACAUCACAGUGACAAGUGGUGAUGUGAUUCUGGAAAGCCCUGCCCACCCUGUGACUGAAGGAGAUCCUUUGACUCUGCGCUGUUUAUCCCGGAACAGUACCUCAACCUUCAGUGCUGAUUUCUAUGAAGGCGGAUCACUCCUUCAGACCCAGACUACAGGAGAGAUGACCAUCCCUGCAGUCUCAAAGGCACACGAGGGCCUCUACAAGUGCAGACACCCAGAGCUGGGAGAGUCACCAGAGAGCCGCAUCAGGGUCAUCAGUGAGACACUUUAUCCUCCUUUUCCUCUCAUAGGACACAGCCCCAUGCAUGUUUACUCAUAA